UAGUCAUGCUCAAGUCGACGAUCGUGGACACCAGGGUGCGCCUGGUGCCCUCUGAGAAAGUCCUGACCUUUUUGGACGCCCAGAAGGAGCACUUUGAGCAAGUGCCCGAAAAUGUGGCAAGGCUGAUGAAGCUCAAGGGCUAUAAGCUGCCCGCCAGCACGAAAAUAAUCAAAGAUCGGGAGGUGCCCAGCCAGCGUCCGAAGAUUGACCAAGAACAACUGAAGAAACUUACUGCUGACAUACCAGAAAAGACUGCUGUAGCAAAGAAGCCGGUUUCGUCCCAGGAAGACGGUGAGGAUGAGGCGGAAGAUGAACCACGGCCGGAGUUAAGAGACGUUUUAUAUCUAAGUGACCUGCACUGGCUCACUGGCGUUCUUAAUGACUUACGGCGUGAGGAGCGCUCCGAGCUGUUUCUCCACGAGCUGAUCGAGUCCUGUGAGCUUGUGCUGCCCGAGAAUGAGCUGAAGCCGCGCAACCCUGAACUGGAAGCCCGUUGCCAAAGACUACGUGAAGAGCAGCAGAACCGGGAGUACCAGAAGAUGACCAAAAACGUGGAUGCUGGCUUAAAGAAUUUUCCCGAAGACACAAUUUCUUACCAGAUUAAGAGCAUCAACAAGCAAAUCAUUGCCGUGGCGCAGUUCAUCUUCUCCGUGGCCGCUGGCUUUACUUUCGGCUUCUUCGGGGUUAACCUAAUGGUGGGCCCACUGCCAUUCGGCUUUCGCAUUCUCCUGGGAGUGAUAGUUGCUCUCAUAAUAGCCCUGGCCGAAAUGUACUUCUUGGCCAAGAAGCUGCACGAGUACGACGAGGUGCUUGAUGCGCCCAAGCGGAAACCGCAGCCAGCCACGCCGGUGAAACGGAAGCAGAUCGUCAGAUCAACGCUCAAGGACGGAAGCGGCGACCAGACAUUGAAGCCGCAUGCAGAUUAGGUACCCUGAUUCUUGUAUUAUUUCACGUUGCAAUGUUAGGUUAUAUAAAUAGC